AUGUCGACCGCCAAACUUGCACGCGGCGAGUUCCGCAAUCCCCACCCGGAUCCCAACACUCCGGCUGCCGGACAGGCUGUCGAGGCCCUCCUCUCCACCGUGCAAGACGCGCACCGCCGCUUCGCCGACCCCACCGCGGACGACUACGCUCUAGCUCGCCUCAGCCUCGACGAGCUCCAGACACGCCUCCUCGAACGAACGCUGACCGUGCCGCAGCUCGUAGAGGCACGCAUACGCUUGACUGUCCGCGCGAGUCUCGCAACGCACUGCCUUACCGCGUUCCCCUACUCCGCCGCACUCGAGCACGCCGAGCGAUACCAGCAGCUCCUCGAUGCCUCCACGCCGUCGGCGCUGCUGGAGCAGUACCCGCUUUUCGGGCUCGUGUUCAGCGUCAAGGACUGCAUCCAUAUGCAGGGGCUCGCCACUACGCUCGGCUGCUCCUCGCGCGCCGCACACGUCGAAUCGCACACCGCCGAGAUCGUGCACAAGCUGCGCAUGCUCGGCGGCAUCAUGAUCGCCAAAACCACCGCGCCGCAACUCAUGAUGCACAACACCACCCACUCCCCACUGUGGGGCACCACGCGCUCUCCCAUCUCCUGCUCGGAUGGCGCAGAGGACGAGUUUCAGGUCGGCGGCAGUUCGGGCGGCGAGGCGAGCCUCGUCAAGAUGGGCGGCAGCCACCUCGGUGUCGGAACGGACAUGGGCGGGUCAGUGCGCCAGCCGGCUUGUCUCGCCGAGCUCGUCGGCUUCAAAUUCACCGCGACCCCAGAUGGGUUUCGCUGGCAACUGCCGGAUGACUUUAUGACGGGCCUGCCACACACCACCGUCCCCGCCACGGCACCGGGGCUGCUUGCGCGCGACAUCAGCACCGUCCGUCGAGCCGUUGAUGCACUUGAAGGCUCCAAGGCCUCACCGGAUGCAUUGCCGCGCAUCAUUCACACGGCCCAGUACGGCUCACCCGAGGUUUCGGCGCUGAUCACACAUCUCGUCUCUGCGCUGGGCGAGAGCGGGGUGCAGUGCGAUGAGCUGGGCGCGGUGGAUGCGGGCGAGUGGGAGAUGGCAUGGGCAGAGCACGCUACGCAGCACGGCUUUGCAGCUGCACGUCAGAUGCUCGCCAACGACCCGCUCAUCGCACGCACCAUGUUCGACGAAUCCCGCCUGGCCGACUCGACCUGGCCACCGCAUCCGACGCGCCUCGCUGAGCUCAAGCACUCGCUCCAGUCGCGCGUGGGCACCAACAUGCUGCUCACCCCAACGUACGUCCUCGGCGGUCCUGUCCGCAAUGCCGCGUUUGUACAGCUCGAUUCGCAACAUGCGGAGGUGUGGUGCCAGAUCGUGAAUCUGCUCGACUGGCCAGCCGUCUCGGUCCCCCUCCACAAGCUGCGUCCCCACACCCGGACCGCACUCAUCCACCGCGACGAGGAAUGGUCCAACUUCAGCCCGGGCAUGCUUGCGCCCGAUCCCAUCGAGCCAGGCGAGGGCGAGGCGAGACUGCCCGUGCUCAGCAUCCAGCUCGUCGCUCCACCAGGUCACCACCAAGCGUUGCUGGACCUCGCACAGCGCGUCGCACAGAUCGAACUGUAG